AUGGCCCACAGGGCAAGGCUCCCCCUCCAGAGCAACACGAUCUCUGCCCACAAGAGCCAGCACGGGGUUCUUGGCAGCACCAUGCUCCUCAACAACAACAAGAAGUCCAGCUCCCUCGCCCUCAAGGCAGCCACGGUCCCUCCUCCUGCUGAUUGGCAGGCGUGGCAGUCCAAGAAGAUCACGUACGAGUACACGACCUUGGCGCCUCGCUACGCGUCGGAGGAUUGGUUGUACAACUUGCUUUCUAUCUUCUCCUCCGCCAUGUUCUGGCGCGUCUCGUCCCAUCUGUUCGCCAACACUCUGUUUGCGGUUGCCAUCUGGUGCGCCUACCUCCUCAUGCCCUCCCUCCAAGCUGUGUGUGCGGGCUUCAGCACCGUCCCUCACUCCCUCACCGGAGGCGCCUUGGGCCUCCUCCUUGUGUUCCGUACCAACACCGCCUACGAGCGCUUCUUGGAUGUAAAGCAUGAGGCUCGCAAGCUCUGGGGAAGCAUGGUGAACCGUAUCCGUGAGUUCACUCGUGUCAUCCAUGGAAACUUCAGGGGACUUGACAGGGAGCACUUGCUUUCACUCCUUGCCUGCUUCCCUUCGAUCCUCCUCCAGCACUUGCAGUCCCUGGAGCCCGUCUACCGUCCUACCCUCUUCUCGGACAAGCAGUUGACUGCCAUGAAGGGUCUCCUCGGCGACUCGGACCUCAAGCUCCUGUGGGCUUCCCGCAACCGCCCCUUCACCAUCAUCAAGAUGAUGGGAGCCAUCAUUCAGAAGUUCUACACCGACGUCGAGGCUCAGUCCAAGAAGUUUGGAGGUGGACAGAGAGGCGAGAACUUCACCCAGUUCGAGAGCAUGGUCGUCCAGGCCGCGCUCAUUAGUGAGCGUUCGCAUGCGGAGGAGUGCUUGACCGAGUUCUCCAACGUCAUGGGAGCCUGCGAGCGUAUCGUCAAGUCGUCCGUCCCAACCUCCUAUUCGCGUCACACCAGCCGUUUCUUGAGCAUCUGGUGCUUCACCCUUCCCCUGGUCCUCGUCCACAGCCUUCAGUGGAGGAUGAUUCCCUGCGUCUUCAUCAUGUGCUGGAUGCUCUUCGUGAUCGAGGAGGUUGGCCACGUUAUCGAGGAUCCCUUCAACAUCCACUUGAGUGUACCGGGAUCAGGCAGGGAGGACGAGCUCAGAAUUGAGGCUUCUCUCAGUGUUCUUCGUGGUGACGUCUUGGAGCGUAUCCCAGCCACUGCCCCUCACCUUCUCGAGAACCAGGGCAACUUCAUCACCGACGAGGAUUACAAGCCUUCCGAGUUCCACUACGAAUGGAUGUCUACCGCAAAGAAGUAG